GGCCGCAAUCAGGUCCCCUCCACGCCCGGGAACAUGGCGGCCCCUAUUGCAGUCCCGGGCCGGGCUCUCCUGCGGGCGGCCGCUGAGCGACUUGUGCGAGGAGGAGUCCGGGUGCUGCUCCGGCCGCUACUCGAAGUGGGGACCCCCGGCCUGGAGCGCAGCUUCACCCUCUCUCACUGUCGGAGCACGGUCAUCGUGGAGCGCUGGUGGAAGGUGCCGCUGGCCGGGGAGGGACGAAAGCCGCGUCUGCACCGGCGACAUCGCGUCUACAAGCUGGUGGAGGACACGAAACACCGGCCCAAAGAGAACCUGGAACUCAUCCUCACGCAGUCGGUGGAGGAGCUUGGAGUUCGGGGUGACCUGGUUUCAGUGACGAAAUCUGUGGGCCGUAAUCGACUGCUUCCUCAAGGUCUGGCUGUAUAUGCAUCCCCUGAAAACAAGAAGUUGUUUGAAGAGGAGAAAUUGCUAAGACAAGAAGGAAAAUUAGAAAACAUCCAGACAAAGGCAGGUGAGGCGACAGUGAAAUUUCUGAGAAGCUGUCACCUGGAGGUGGGGAUGAAGAACAAUGUCAAGUGGGAGCUAAACCCUGAAAUAGUUGCCCGCCACUUUCUCAAAAAUCUUGGUGUUGUGGUAGCGCCACAUGCAUUAAAGUUACCAGAAGAACCCAUCACACGGUGGGGCGAGUACUGGUGCGAGGUGACGGUAAAUGGGCUUGACACUGUCAGGGUUCCAAUGUCUGUGGUGAACUUUGAGAGGCCCAAGACCAAGAGAUAUAAGCACUGGUUAGCCCAGCAAGCUGCUAACGGAAUGGCUUCCACCAGCUCCCAGACGAUAUGAACCUACCUACUCUUCCUCAAAAGCAGCAAAGCAGAAUCUGAGGCACAAUGGAGCAAAGAGGGCCAGCUCUGACCAAAUACUGAAUUUUAGAGGGCAGAUGGGGACAUUGGACAAAACUGUGUAUUCGUGUUAAAUUCUUCAUCUUGCCAUCUUAAUCUUCGACUGUUAUCACAUCCAGCCUUGUUGGCGUAGUCCUGCUCAAGAAGUACCAAGCCAUAGAUUUGAUAAGCUGAAUAUUAAUAGACCAAAACAGUCUAGAUUCUAUUUCUUCUUUCUCCAUUGGAAUUCACUGAAACAAAUGGAAGAGCCAGCUAUUAUCUUUAGUACUUGGCUCAUCCUCAUCAUCCAAACUGAACGAACAUUUAUGUCUCAAGAAGAAAUAAAGAGGUUGUGUUCUUUUUAGGUGUUUACUGUGCUUGAGUAGACUGGGAACAGGGCAUCCACAUGAGAUGUCCUCUUGAGCCGCUGGAGUUUGCUGCUAAAAAGGAAGGAAGAAGAGAAUACAUUUGCAGGUUACAUCCCAAGUUGUUAUGGGCAAAUUACUCAACAAGCUAUAAUGUCUUUGCUCUUAAAACUUGCUCUCAUUAGGUAUAUUGAUAAAGUCAUCAAUGUGAGUAAGCACAAUGGAUUCUACUUUUCUAAGGCAAUCGGAAUUAAGGCCAAACAGUAAUUGCUGGGGAAAAUGAAGCUGGGAUGAAAAAAACUUGAAACUUCUGUUUUGUUUUCUUGAACCAGCUAGUAAGAUUUUGUAAAAGAAAAUAACCUUGGUUUCCAGACCAAAGUUAAGAUGGGGGCUGGUUAUCAGGUAAUUAUGGAAUAGACACCUUGAUAAGAGAUGAGGGAAGUGGUUCUGCAUAAGUUUGAGGUCCACUAGUGGGAAAAAUACCCAAAUGUUGACAAAUGAACAUGCUAGAGUCCCUCCAAAGAAAUGAGGGGUCAUGUAAUUCAGGAAGGAUAAAGUUGGGACAUUGACU